AUGAAAUACUCAAUUUUCGCACUUUUUGUUGGCAAAAUAAAUGGCCAAUCUUGCCCAGAUCAAGAAAUCGGCAAUUUGUGCGAGUCAAAUUGCAAAGAAGACCUCCUUACUUGUCUAGAGAACUGCUCAACUGCUGCUUGUCAAGAAGAAUGCUAUCUUGCUGACGUUCUUUGCGAGACAAAAUGUCCUUGCAACAUUUACUGUCCUGAUGGCUGCGAAAACUGCGACCAUCCGCUUUGCAAUCAGCCCUCUUGUCUUGAAGAAAACGAGCUUGAAUAUGCUAACUGCAUUCAAUCGGCAAAAGACGCGCUCUUCAGUUGCUACGAUGGAUGCGUAAGCGACUUGGAAAUCGACUGCUACAGUGACUGUAAUGAUGAGAGUCUUUUGAGCAUCGAGAGCUGCCCCUGCAUGAAUGGUUGCUCACUUGGCUGUCCCUGUGACAACUACACCUGCUCGGGAACAAACACAAGAAUUACUCAUCUCGGCGUUUCUUGGCAAUAUCCAAACUUUCCCCCAGUCCUCUAUAUGACCGACAACAUGGGUUUGACAAUGGACCCUGUCGACUACGAUUUUGUUGAAACCUACACAAACAGCUUGAUUUACGCUGAUUUCGCGAUUCUCCGCGACGUCGUUUACAUCUUCGGAGGCAACGACUGGGAGAACAGUGUUCAAAAAGUAACUGACGACUGUACUGUCGAGAGACUUGACAUUCGACCUGUUUACAGGCACAAGAGUACAGGGGGCAUUGAAACUUUCGAAGAUAAAAUCUGGCUGUGUUUCUAUGAAUACAAGUCGUGCCAAACCUUCGACGGAGUACAAUUCGAAGCAGCCUCGGGAAGAACUGCGGAUGAUCAUCAAUAUGGCUCCCUCUGUACUUAUGAAAAUACACUCAUUGGAAUCGGAGGGAAAGGUAAAAAGGAGAGUGUUGAAAUCUAUCUUGGCGGGGGAUGGAUGAAGCCGGCAGACACUGAUCAUCCAAUUGGGCUUUACGAUGGAGAAUGCGUGAAUGUAGAAGAAGGGGUUCUCACGAUGGCGGGAGAAUAUGGAAAGGAAAUUUACUUGCUAAAGGAAUUGAGAUGGACCAAUGUUGGAAGACUUUUAACGGCGGUGAGUGUCCCAACCUUCGUAAAACUCGGGAACGAAAUAAUCCUAUUCGCUGGAGCAAAAACUUCUGAUGUUCAAAAAAUGCUCUGGAAUGGAGAAUCUAUUGAAGAUGUUGAAGUUAUUUAUCAACAACCUGAAGACGGAAUUUUCAACCCAAUUGUCUUCGAGAGUUCUUCUAGCAAAUGUAAAGCGUGA